GUCCGACAAGAAAGGCAGAAGACGUUUCUUCGGCGGCGUUUUUUGUGAGGAUCCCUCUUUGGGUACUGAGGGACAGCCACGGCGCAGUGCGGAUAAUAGUGAUCCGCUGCGAGGAGGAGAGAAACAACACCAGCGUGUGCCGCCAUCGUUGACCGGACGAACCGACAGCAAGAUCGCGACCUUCCUGGAUGUCAUUCGCACCGCCAAAGGACUCCCUUCCCCCCGGGAGAUCUUCGACUCCAUCGACAGCAAUGAGGACGGUGAGAUUUCGGCACGCGAGUUGGACCGCGCUUUGCAAAAGUUGGGCAAAUCCGAACGCGUUCGAGAAAUUCUCUUGCAGCGAGUCUUCGCCUACCACAAUUGUUCCUCUGUAGAGGAAGACGUGCCGCGACUGCCCCGGCGGCUUCGCAGCAUGAUUGCAGAGGGGGAACCGGAGGCCGACCCCUCGGAAAGUCCCGACUCUUCUGGAAAACAGCAAGUCGCAGCUCAUGCUUCCGCCAAAAGAGAGAAAGAGCCACCUGCGUCUUCUUUCGCGGGUAAAAAAAGGACGCCGAUGGUAAGCGUGACGUUUGCGGAGUUUGAGCGGUAUUACAACUCGCGAGAAGCAGAACUAAGACAGUGUUACUCCUUCUUGCUGCUGGGAAAUGUGGGUGAACAAAGUUCCGGAGAGGCGGGUGGAAAAAUCUCGUCGAAAACCCUUCGGCAGCUGCUACGCCUCGUAGGAAAAAAAGCGAGCGACGACGAAAUUCGAUUGAUCCUCCAUACUGCAGAGAGCCAGAACGGCGGUCUACUGUAUGCUAAAAGUCAGCAGCAAAGUCGAUGGUCUUUUUUGUUAUUGCUGUUGUUGAUAAUGGCAAGCUUCUUUUUAGCGCAACUCGUAAGGAUUUCUAGGUUGUGAUUAGUUGCGGAGUAGAUUUUCUUCAUUGCCGUCGCUGCAAAGCACCGCAACCUUCUGUAGCCUGUUUUACUUCGUAGUAAGUGUGGUGCAUUAUCUUCAGGCACCUUAUGUUGAUCAUCUGAUACCAGAUAGACUACAACUAGUAGUUUCGUUGAAAAUGUAGAUCGAGAAUACAAUAUACCAGCGAAGAGAUUUGAUAUUAGAGUAGAAUUUUACUUUCACAUGUACACUUAUAGAUACUGACACUCAAGCACUAGGAGUUGAUCCUCUUUUUUCAUUUUUGGAGCUUCAAGGAGUUCGCGCAUUGUUGCUUCUUUGCGCCGGAUGUGAACCCAGCGGCGGUGUUUGACAACUUCGAGCGCGAAGCGUUCCGAGACGAUGCGGCAGCCGAAAGCACGGUGCCAAGAGAAUUGGCUAUUUCCGACGCAGCUCGAAACUUGGAUCAAGUGGUCCUUAAGGCUUCCGCCAUUUGAUCCAUCUUGAGAAGCAUCUCGAGGACAAGCCUCUUUUCUAAAAACCAUUUUGUUGAAAAAUUACCUGUUUAUGUCUGCUCCAGACAUAAGCUUAUUUUUUGUCUCAGAUCUACUACGUAAUUAUACAGCGAAGAGAAUUGAAGGUUUACGUACCACGAUCGUGCUCUUGAAGAUCGAUUGUGGUGGGCACUAAUGUGCGAAAGCUCCUCUGCGGCAUGGUGGCUGGUGCAACGUCCCGUACGGUGACCGCGCCGAUCGAGCGCGCGAAACUGAUUAUGCAGGCCGCGCCCGACAGCGGCUCCUUCUGGCAGACUUUCAGUAACAUCUAUUAAGGUUUUUCGGGGUUUAAAUAUGGGAUCUUUUUUUUCGCCCUUUUUUGUAAAGAUGGGAAAUAUAAUGGAACAAAGAUGACUUAAGUUCAAGAAGCUCUUGCUCGAAAAGCGGAACUCUCUUGAUAGAAAGCACUCUAAGCCUAUCGAAAAAGCGGAACGCUGUACGACUUCUAUCGCGGAAACGGCGCUAACUGUCUUAAGAUCGCACCAGAAACGGCCCUCAAGUUCGCACUCUUUGACUACUUGAAGGGAAGAAUCGCACAUGACAAAGACAAUCUUAGCACGGGAGAGCGCUUUCUUGCAGGAGGCGCGGCGGGAGCCAUUGCCGGAGCAACGAUCUACCCACUCGAAAUCGCGAAAACCCGUCUCACGCUGGCGCCGCCCAAAAAAUACAACGGCGUUUUUCAUUGUACAAGAACUAACUCCAAGUCCUGAACUAGUGUAUUUCAUAUCAUACUCAUGUUGAUGGAAAUAGAUAAGCCAAAACAAAUUGAGAUUGUUCUACGAUGAUGAAUGUUGAUGUAGGUUUCAUCUUGUGCCGCUGUCUCAAUUUUCUGACCAUGUACUUCCAUGUACCACCCGGGUGGAAAGUCAAUUUCCUCGGCUUGGAAAAUACAAAAGGGCUCUAGGAACUCACUAAUCCAGGGAAGGAAUUCAGAAGACGGGCAGACGGAGGAAAUAAACAGAAAACUGACCACUCGAAUAUAUCUAGGUAGGGGUAGGACAAUUCGCGUAGAUCUAGAUGUUCUUGGUCGUAAUUAAUCUAUUCCGACAUCACAGGUUUGCGUAAAGUCUUUUUCCAAGAGGGGUUCGGCGCGUUGUACAAAGGCCUCGGAGCUUCCACAUUUUAUGGUUGUAUAGUUUUUUGCAUCCUUCAAAACUCUGCAGCAUCUUCUUGAAGAUGUAAAGAAAUGGGUAGAGGACGGCAACUACGCUUCCAGAUGUAGCAGGACAACUUUAGCAUGAUGUCGCUCGAUGCACCUUCUGAGACUCAAAAAGGUGUAGUUUUUGAGGCAGCCACUGUUCUACUUUCUAGAUUCCAAAUCCAAAGUAGAGUCGAGGAUGCGUGUUGCCGUAGAGGGUGGGAAAAAAACUAUAUUCUUCAUUAGCUGGGCAUAAUACCUUAUGCGGGUACCGAUUUAGGUGUAAAUUCAAUGCUACGUGAAUACUACUCGCUACGGUACGAAGAGAUUGGGGAGGAACCCUCGAUACCAGUGAUGCUCGGCUGUGGCAUGAUCUCCUCGACUGUGGCUAUGACGGUGACCUACCCGCUAAAUCUGGUGCGAACCAAGAUGCAGAUGAGCGGUCUGAAAGAAAUCUUCACCGAGCGAGUGGAAAGUUAAGGAGCUCUAUUAUUCACUCCAAAAUUACUCUAUGACAUUUCUAUUUGCUGUGAGACAAUUUUAGUUUUCCCAACAGGAAUGAAGAAAUUCCUCAAGCAAGAUACACUUUGUGGCGAUAACAAUCAAUUUUUCUCAAGCAAGAACUAUAUUAGAAGUGAACCAUAGUAAGUUUGCAGCAUCGUUAUAGCAGCGUAGAGUCAAAGAUAAAGUGCAACAAAAAAUGCUUGAUUUUGAUUUAUGAGACAAAGCGUAGAGCGUUCUUGAAUUUGAAUUAUGGCCUCUAAGAAAGAGGAGAGCACUACACUGCGAUGCAGCGACUUCCGGACUCCAUUCCGGGAGUGUUUCAACACAUCUGGCGCACGGGUGGGGCGCGUGGUCUUUACCGUGGCUUUUUCGCGAAUAUGCUCAAGGUUGCACCAGCAACGAGCGUUUCCUACACAGUCUACGGCUACCUGGACCACUGGUUUGCGGUCUAGCAAGCAGGGAGGCUGCUUCGGCAAUGGGUCUGUGGUUUAGCCACCAUGAAAGAUGCAGGCAUUCGGCCCCAGCUGUUCCAUCACCGGUGACUCACAGACUAGAUCAACAACUUCACUCUACUUACUCUGUCUCUUGUUGAACUUCUCGUACUACAGCAAACGAUCAUUCAUGGAGCACUUCACGCCUGCUAGAUGUGGUAGAAGCUGUACGCACAGAGUACUAGUGCUGGCGCAUUCGCAUAUUCAAUCUAUCAUGCUGAUGUAGUCGUGGGAUAACGAACAGCGGCAGCAACGUCGGCGCGUGUGGGGGAUGUCCAAUAGUGCCACAUUCGCUGCGAAAAGGCGAAUUGCGAAAAGUCCAAUUGUGAUUGCGAAAAGGCUUUCAGAUUCUCAAGAUUUGUGACACAUGCAUCAUUCCGUAUGCUCAUUCGCGGCUGUUGGUGAUUACAGGCUCUCCUUGCAAAGCAAAUCCCUCCUCGCGGGACCCUGCGUUAAUGGAUCCUACUACCUCUAAAGUAGAUGCUGCACGACAAAUAUGAGCAAUCUAUUGAUGAGGGCCGUCGUGAAAGUCACAUACUUGUUUUAAUUGUAGAUCGUAGACUCGCAGAACACUAGAAAUUUCGCAAUCGAUAGAUUGCCGCCAAUAGCAGUGCUCAU